AUGACCAUUGGGGAGCAAAAGUCACUUCUCGAUAGGCCAGGACAAGAUGAAGAGACUCUGGAAGUGUCGAAUUCGCUCCAGAUCGGAAAGUUAGCAAUAGGAGCGCUCUUGCUGGCAUGUUUCCUGGCCAAUGCGGACGAAACAUUUGUCCUCAGCACAGGUAGCGAUGUCGCGUCCGCUCUCAACGCAUCGAAUUGCGCCUCGUGGCUCAUUACCGCGUACAAUCUUGGCUAUACAGUUGGCCUUCCGGUGUAUGGUCAAAUAUGCGAUUCCAUGGGAUCUAAGAGCGCCAUUCUCCUGGCUUUAGGAUUGUAUGCAGCUGGUUGCAUUCUGACCGGAGUUUCUGGCACGAUCAAUUAUGCCAUUUUCGGUCGUGUCAUCACAGGGUUUGGAGGUUCAGGGAUGAAUGAGCUCGUAUCUGUGCUUUUGAACAAUAUCGACAACUUUCACCGAGUCGCGAUGCUACGCUCUUAUGUCACUACAGUCUCGCUAGUUGGGGUGACUUGUGGUGCUCCUAUCGGUGCACUCCUUACAAGCCAGAUUGGAUGGCAAAUGGCAUUUAUCGUUCACGUUCCGUUUGCUGUGUUAUGUAUCGCGAUAAUCUCGUUCAAACUUCCCGUUAACAAGCCCCAGGUGCUCAUAACCACCGACCCUACGUAUCGAACCAUUGAGGAUACAAUCGAAGAAAGCAAGAUCCAAGAGACCGAGUCAAAGUCCAAGCCAUUCGAUAUUGUAGGGUUAGUUUUCCUGUUAAUGGCUAUUGUUUGCUUACUUGGCUUUGUCCAACUGGCCGAAGCACAGGAGAUACAAAACCGGUCUAUCUUUCUGGCCAUUCUUGGAGCAACUUUCUUAACAUGCUCUACAAUCUUCUGUCUUAACGAAGCCUUUUGGACUCAAGAACCCGUGCUUCCGCUCUCCUUGCUUCGCGUAAGCAAGCUGGGUUUGAACUAUUCCGCCCAAUUCUUUAUUGGUCUGGCCAGUUAUGGUGUACGUAACCUCCGUCCCCUCCAGCCCUGUGCAUCCCAGCCGUGCGAAGUUGAAUUCUGA